CUGGACGGUCCGAUUAACACCGACGGGGACUACACGGGGGCGUCACGACCGUAUUCCAGCUCGACAGGCUUCCAUAUGGACGAGGAAGAAAGUAGCCGGAGGGGCGGCGCCGUUGGCCAUCCUUUGGCGCAGCCGGUCUCAAUACCAGCUACCAACGGCUUGCGAUACAACACACAGCAGCCUGCGAUGCAGGAUGUACCGUAA